CGUCGGCGGCAGCGGCGACGCGCAGGACGGCGGGCGAGCGAGGAAGAAGCUGUGGUCGUGGCCACCGCCGUCGCAGCAAAGACCACGGGCUCUGACCCCGCGCAUGAGCUCGACACCCGCACCACCGCCACGCACGCUACCGCCACGCACGCUCCAUCCUCGCACUCCGAGCUUCCUGUGACAGAGCCGCCGGCCGGCAGCAGCACAUCAUCCCCGUCGACAGCCGAGAGCGAGCCGCGGAUAGUGCCCCGCGAGCUGCAGCUGAACAUGUCGUGGAAGACGGGCACGGCCAUCAUCGCGGGCUUCUUCGCGACCUUCAUCGCUGCCAUGGUGGUUCGCAGCGUGAUCCCGGAGACACCGCUGCUGUACCACCUGUUUGCUAACAUGUACCUGGCGGGGACCAUCAUCUUUGGCGGCGGGCCCGUGGUGGUCCCGCUGCUGCGCGAGUACGUGGUGGCCGAGGGCUGGGUGAGACCCCGCGACUUUCUGAUCGGGCUCGCCCUGAUCCAAGCAUUCCCGGGGCCCAACUUCAAUUUCGCCGUGUUCCUGGGCAGCCUGGCGGCGAUCGACGGCGGGCAGAGCUCUGUUGCCGGCGCGCUGGUGGCGUGGAUCGCCAUCUUCGCGCCCGGCCUCAUUCUCGUUCACGGCACCAUGGGCAUCUGGACGGCGGCGCGCAGCCGGCGCUGGGUCAAGUCGGUGCUGCGCGGCAUCAACGCCGGCGCCGUCGGCCUCAUCUACACGGCCGUCUACCGCAUCUGGAACGUGGGAUUCCUGGACGAGGGAUCCCAGUUCGGCCGCAGCCUGGGCGACGACCCCUGGUGGGUGGCCGUCACGGCGACCAGCUACGUCGGCGGCAGGUGGUUUGGCGUCAACGCGCCCUCGGCCAUCGUCACGGGCGCCGUGCUGGGCCUGGUGCGCUACGGCGUCGUGUCGGCCUAGUUUUGUUCUAGGGAGGUAGAGACAGAGAAGGGUUUUGUGCAGAGAGGCAUAAUAACCCGGAAAAGAGGCGAAGUGUCCAAGCACGAUUCGGUUCUUCAGCAGUGCAUUCUGUCUCUGUGACCGUGCAUUCUGUCUCUGUGACCAUGCACCCUUUUUGUUGUAAAGCUCUGUCUCUGUGACCAUGCCCCUUUUUGUUGUAAAGCUCUGUCUGUGACCAUAACCUUUUUGUUGUAAAGCUCUGUCUGUGACCAUAACCUUUUUGUUGUAAAGCUCUGUCUGUGACCAUAACCUAUUUGUUGUAAAGCUCUGUCUGUGACCAU